GGAGUGGGGGACAAUCAUUCAACGUUACAAGGGUCUCUUCAACAGUCAAACCAUGAGUGAUGUUCAGUUCAGUUUUGGUGCCUCUAAGGGGCCUACAGUGUAUGCUCAUAAGGUGAUACUAGGAGCUGCAAGUGAUGUGUUAAAGAGCAUGUUCUAUGGGGACCUCAAAGAGACAACUGAUGUCAUUGAUAUACCAGACAUUUCAAUGGAGAUUUUUCUCGAAAUCAUGAGGUUUAUUUACUAUGGAGAAGUUAACCUAACACCAGAAAAUGUAAUGGGAAUUUUCUAUGCCACCAAGAAGUACCUAGUUCCAGGUUUGGGUGAGAAAUGUAGGAAAUACCUUGAUGAAAGCAUAGACCCAGACAAUGUUUGCACUAUCCUGUAUGCAUCCUUGAAUUUUGAUGAGGAACCCCUCAAAAAGAACUGCCUUGAUAUGAUAGCAGAAAACGCAGAAGAUGUGUUAGCAUCAGAUGCAUUCUUGAAUUGUUCAAAUGAGGUACUUGGAUUAGUUUUAGAUCAAGAUAAGUUAGGCAUACAGUCAGAAGUUGAUGUAUUCCUGGCAGUAGAAAAAUGGGCGAAGGAGGCAUGUAAGAAGCACGACCUUCCCGUCACUGGUGAUAACAUGAGGGAGAUGAUUGGUGAUGAUCUCUAUAAGCUACGUCUACUUGAUCUUACACCUGAAGAGCUUGGGAAGCACAUUUCCCCAACUGAUAUACUAAAACCCCUUGAAAUCAAGGAUAUACUGGAAUGUAUAACGAUUGGAAAACAAUGUGCAAAUCCAAAGUUUAACACAAAAACAAGGGAAAAAUUCAAUGAAAAAGAAUGUAGGCGCUUCACAAUUUGUACUACAUGUAUUGGUACUUUUUGGAAUUGCCCUGGAGAUUCAUGUGAUGCACUUACAUUCACAGCAGAUAAAGCAAUUAUAUUGACUGGACUGGGGGUCUUUGUUCCUUAUCAAGCCACAACAUAUAAAUUUACAGCUUCAGUCCAAGUACUUGACAAAACAAACAAAGUCUUAUAUGAUGUAAAACAUGCAUUCACACAAGAUGAUGUCCUAAUGGGAGAUACUGUAAAGAAGAUUGUUUUUGACAAGAAAAUUGAAGUAAAUUCUAAGGAUAAAUAUUCCAUAAAGAUAUGGCUAAAGCGGCCAGGAACAUACAGAUACAGAAGUUAUAACAUGUAUUCUCCAGUUACAGUUGACAAUGUUACUUUCACAUUUUCAAAUCACCCAGCUUCAGGUAAUGGUACAGACGCUAUACAUGUAUCUGGCCAACUUCCCUGUCUUUAUUUUAAGCGUUAAGGUUAGGUAAAGGACGAUUA